AUGAAAUAAACCUUAUAAAAUAUUCCUGAUUAAGUAAUUGAAUUGUUGCCAAACAAAAAAGUUACAUGGAUUUAUGAUAAAGGUAAAAUUAAUUAUUAAUUAAAAGGAUUUAGCUUAAAUGAUAAAAAGAAUAAAGAAUAUAUUUUUUUAGCUGAAGAAAUUGUUUUGAUUAAACUUAAAGAAAUUUUUGCUCAGAAAAUAUUUUAGGCAAGAUUUUAAGAUGAAUAUGAAGUUUUAUCUGAGAUAGGAAAAGGAAAUUAUGCACGAGUAAUUAAAAUAAAGACUUAAAAAAAAACAACAGGUGAAAUAUUUGCAGUUAAAUGUUUUGAAAAAUAUAAAUUAUAAAAUAUUGAAAAUGGAAUUUUAUCACUUUAUAAUGAACUUAAGAUUAUGCGAAGUUUACGUUAACAUGAAAAUAUAAUUAAAUUCUAUGAAAUAUUUGAAGGGGCAAAUACAAUUUAUUUAGUAAUGGAAAUAGUUUAAGGCAUUUCUUUAUUAGAUGAAAUAAAUAAUCAUGCCUAUACUCCUUUCAAAGAUGCAGAAAUAUAAGACUUAAUGAAAUAAUUAAUUAGUGGUGUAUAAAGUUGUUCUUAGAAAGGAAUAAUGCAUCGCGAUUUGAAACCUGAAAAUAUUCUUUUGUAAAAAAAAGGUGAUAAAACAAAUCUUAAAAUAGUUGAUUUUGGUUUAGCGACUUUUUAAGAUGAAAAUCCUUAUAUUUUUCCUAAAUGUGGUACUCCAGGUUUUGUAGCUCCUGAAAUAGCGAAUUUAAAUGAUAAAUCUUUAGGAUAUUCAACUAUAUGUGAUAUGUUUUCUGUAGGAGUUAUAUUUCAUAUAUUACUUGUCGGUGAAACUGUUUUUCCAGGAAAUAAAUUUAAUGAUGUUUUAAAAAAAAAUAAGGAGGCAAAUAUUGAUUUUACACGAAAAAUUUAUGAAAAUAUUUCUUUGCCAGCCAAAAAUUUACUUAAGUAAAUUCUUUAAAAAGAGCCUAUGUAAAGAAUUACACCUUAAUAAGCAUUAGAAAAUAUAUAUUUUAAAUAGAACUAAUUUAAAAAAGCACCUUCUUUUGAUUUAGCAUAAAAAGAUUUCUAUGAAAUAGAAAAUAUAUAAAAAAACGAAGAAAAUAUAAGAAGCAAAUAAGUAUCAAUGUUUAUAGGACCUGUAAGAAUUCCAAAUAUUAUAAAAGAAAGAUCAAAUGAAAAUUCAGUAUCUUUUAGAAAUUUUAAUAAAUGCAAACAAAAUUAAGAAUAAAUAAAAUAAAAUCUAAAAUGA